AUGCAGCCGCGGGGCAGCCAGGCGCUGCUUUGUCAGCACGGCCGAAGCGGCUCGCUGGUCUCUGUCUGUGAUGAUGACGCUGGAGAGGCGCGCGGUGGAUAUAUGCUUCUAUCAGGACGGGCGAAUACCAUCAGUGCAUUGCAAUGUAACAAACACAUUAAGCUUCCACUGGUGGCUGGGUGAUUUUCCUAAUGCAUGCAUAUAAAUAUUUAUUUAUAUCCAGAGGGGAGGGGAUGAAAUCAGCAGACAGGAAGCAUUUGAAAAAAAGCCUCGUGGUACUGUACCGUCCCAGAUGUUGUGUUAAGCAGGCUUUCACAGCUAUGUCCUCACAUCACCGAAAUAAUAAAAAUAUUUCGUGUAUUAGGCUUACGCUAAGACGCAACUUGAAUUAAUCAAAACAUCAAUUGCAUAACAAAAGGCAAAUAUUUGCAAUAACCUAUUUGAGUAAAACACAAUUAUAUUAAGCAUUGCAUAAUGCUUUUCAAUUCCAAAGGCCAACAUUCGUUAAGGCAAUUUUAGGCUAAACAAUUUAAUCCAUCUGGUUAAUAUUACAGUCCCCUGCCAAGAUUUAGCAAAUUAUUUUUGAUAAGGAGGAGAUAACUGAGCCUACAAAAAAAGAUGGAAAUCACAGAUGUAGGCCUGUAGCAGAGUUCUUAGUCACUGCAAUGUGUGAUAAAUCUUCAUAUAGCCUAAAUCUACAUUUCAUUAUAUUUAGCCUAUAGUUCAAGUUAUUGUCCACUGCCAACAAAUAGCCUACUGAUACCGAUUAUAGGCCUAAUGUGUAGACUCCUAUCUAUAGCUACUAGAUUUUAAACCGGAAAUCUGAAAAUAUCUGAAGCAUUGCAUCACAAACAAUAGGCUACAUUGCAAAAGUUACAAAUGUAACACUGCAGAUGUAACAUUGCAGACUGUAGGGUGUAGCCUAUAAAAUAGCUAGCUCCUCCGUUCCAGAGUGUAUAGAAAAUGUGGUGUCGAGAAAACUAUGCUGAGAUGCUGUGAGAACAAGAAUUCCGCUGACACUGUACUUUGAUUAUAAAGGUUUAUUUAUAUCAAAGGGUUACAGCGUCAAUUUACAGAUAUCUGCAGAUAUCUGGAGAACAACGACCCCAAUCUGUAAUAUGUUGUUCUGUCCUCCUUUGUUUUAACCGUGGUAUUUAUAUCCUAUGCCCUAUGUAACAUAAUAUGGGUGUUUUCCCUACAGACCAAUCCCAGGAGGCCACCUAACAGACUUCCUCGGCUUUAGGGUACCCCUAUAGAACUACUCCCCAGAUGCUCCCUUUAAGCUGAGUCAACAUCCUCUAAAACCAUUUGAAACCAUUAGCAAAGUCAUAAAUUCCUCAGAUACCACAAAAACAAACAGACUUCCUGAAUCCUGAGGUCAAAGCAUCGCAUAUAUUUUUUGGGGGGUCAUUUGAAUAAUGCAGGAACGUAAUAAUUCAUCCGAGAUGUUUUAUUUCUUCUCGUGACAGCAUGUUGAACCACGUGACCGUGCUGAUGCUGACGACACAUGAAGUUACUUUAGUCCGCUUCCUACUUCCUUACCCUGGCUUGGUUCUCUCCUUCAUCAACCUUUCUUACGAUAAAAAGGACAAAAUGUCCCACCAAACGGGCAUACAGGGUAGCUAUUUCAUUUACAUUCUGUUGUCGCUUUCUUGGCAAGUUUGAACUGUAUAUAUCUCAAUUGAAAGUCUGUUUUUAAUCGAUGUUAGUCGAAUGUUUUAGCUAACGUUAGAGCAAGCUAAUUUGAAGUGCUGAUUCCUGUAGGUAGCGACUGUAGCUAGCUAGUCAGUUAACGUCAGCGAGCUAUCUGUGAUUAUUGAUUUGAUUCUCUGCUAAGAAGUAGCAGCAGUAGCUAUGUGUCUGAAAAAAAUGGCCAGACAGAUCUGCUCCUGCCUCUGCUCAAGCGAAAAAGAAAGAAACAUGUUUUUCACGCUGGACAUUUUGGCUCGGGCAACGCCUUCAUUGAAACACUUGGCAUUAAAAUGUAAAAUGGUCCUGACAUCCGUAACCUGAACCUAUCAGACGCACCUUCACAUAGAAAAUGAGCUCACUCACAGCCUACACCAAAUUAUCUGAGGGCUUUCAACCCAAUGAAAGAUACACUACAUGACCAAAAGUAUGUCCUCUGUAGUUCAGCUGGUAGAGCACGGCGCUUGUAACGCCAAGGUAGUGGGUUCGAUCCCCGGGACCACCCAUACACAAAAAAUGUAUGCACGUAUGACUGUAAGUCGCUUUGGAUAAAAGCGUCUGCUAAAUGGCUUAUUAUUAUUAUUAUUAUUAUUAUUAUGUCGACAUCUCAUUCCAAAAUCAUGGACAUUAAUAUGGAGUUGGUACCUCCUUUGCUGCUAUAACAGCCUCCACUCUUCUGGGAAGGCUUUCCACUAGAUGUUGGAACAUUGCUGCAGGGACUUGUUUCCAUUCAGCCACAUGAGUAUUAGUGAGGUUGGGCGAUUGGGCCUGGCUCGCAGUCGGCAUUCCAAUUCAUCCCAAAGGUGUUCGAUGGGGUUGAGGUCAGGGCUCUGUGCAGGCCAGUCAAGUUCUUCCACACCAAUCUCAAUGAAGAAUUUCUGUAUGGACCUCUCUUUGUGCACUGGGGCAUUGUCAUGCUGAAACAGGAAAGGGCCUUCCGCAAACUGUUGCCACAAAGCUGGAAGCACAGAAUCGUCUACAACGUAUUUAUAUGCUGUAGAGUUAAGAUGUCCCUUCACUGGAACUAAGGGGCCUAGCCCGAACAAUGAAAAACAGCCCCAGACCAUUAUUCCUCCUCCACCAAACUUUACAGUUUGCACUAUGCAUUGGGGCAGGUAGCGUUUUCCUGGCAUCUGCCAAACCCAGAUUUGUCAGUCGGACUGCCAGAUGGUGAUGCCUGAUUAGUCACUCCAGAGAACGUGUUUCCACUGCUCCAGAGCCCAGUGGCGGUGAGCUUUACACCACUCCAGCCGACGCUUGGCAUUGCGCAUGGUGAUCUUAGGCUAGUGUGCGGCUGCUCGGCCAUGGAAGCCUAUUUCAUGAAGCUCCCGACAAACAGUUAUUGUGCAGACGUUGCUUCCAGGGGCAGUUUGGAACUCGGUAGUGAGGACAGACGAUUUUUUGCGCUUCAGCACUCGACAGUCCUGUUCUGUGAGCUUGUGUGGCCUACCACUUCGCGGCUGAGCUGUUGUUGCUCCUAGAUGUUUCCACUUCACAAUAACAGCACUUACAGUUGACCGGGGCAGCUCUAGCAGGGCAGAAAUUUGACGAAAUGACUUGUUGGAAAGGUGGCAUCCUAUGACGGUGCCACGUUGAAAGCUACUGAGCACUUCGGUAAGGCCUUUCUACUGUCAAUGUUUGUCUAUGGAGAUUGCAUGGCGGUGUGCUCGAUUUUAUACACCAGUCAGCAACCGGUGUGGCUGAAAUAGCCGAAUCCACUAAUUUGAAGGGGUGUCCACAUAGUUUUGUAUAUAUAGUGUAUCAAUAUUUGUUCAGUUUCAUUUGCACAGUUAUAUAAUUAUUUAUGCAAGUGAUAGGCUACUUAAACAGGUAACGUUAGAUGGCGUUGUGUGACAUGAAUGUAGUUUUCACAACAUGGGUGUGUGAGGAUCCUAUUCACAAAGCAGGUGUAUAUAUGGUGACCUCGACAACAUGCAUGUAAAUAUUAGUGUUCAAAUCUGUGAUCGGCUGAACACUUUGUGGAAGGAGAUUGCUUAAGGUCGUGUGCAUUCAUCUUACGUUGAAUCCUACGUUGUUCUCUAUAUGGGUUUAUGUGAGGGCCAGAACCAGGAUGGUGUCCUAGAAGGCUUGACCACUUUGUCUAAUUUACUGAGUCUCGAAUAGUCUAUAUAGAUCUUAAAAACAGCUGGAACCAAGGUUGUUUGUGUAAGUAUGACAAUAAUUGCAUGGUUUACAUUUGAGGCUUUAGCCAUACUUACUCUGGAGUCUUUACAGCUGGCUGGAUACCUUGUUUGAUUAAUUUCAGUAGAGGCUUCUUCCCAUAAUACAAGAAACAAACCCACUUACCCUCUGUUUUUCCAGCUGGUAACGACUUGAAGGAUGUCUUUGCCAGUGCAAGGAGUGGAGACCAAUAUCGACUCCUAAAGAUUGUGAUUGAGGAUGGUAAGAAGUGUUUAUCUUUCUACCGAUUUGAUCAUAAAUAAACCGAUCUAAAGUUUGUCACAAAGGUUGUUUCUUUCAAGGGUAGGCCAAUAUUUCAGAUCCUUUUUAGAAGAAAAAAACAUUACCAUGAUUUAGGAAAGCCCAAGAGAUUUAAUACACCAAUAUUAAGUUUUCACUUUGAAUGCGCAACUACUGAAUUUGUGUUACAGAGCAACUCGCUUUGGGCGUGACCAGGCAAGCAUCAAAGACAUGGGACCAAGAGUACGACUCGUUAGUCCUGCCUCUACUAGAGGACCACCUGCCGUCUUAUAUCCUGUACCGACUGGACUCCUCCAACAACCAGGGCUAUGAGUGGAUCUUCCUGGCCUGGUCACCUGACCAUUCUCCUGUAAGGAACUCACCUGACCCAGAGAUGAACUUCCCUGUUAACAUAAGUUACCUCUUCAAAUUAUGUGGCACAGUCGUGUCAAUGACACAGGUCUCCUUUGCAGCAGAAUUGUUUUGAGUAGAAUAGCCUACUUAUCAAAUAAAAUAUUAUUUGUCACAUGCUUCGUGAACAACAGGUGUAGACUAACAGUGAAAUACUUAUUUAUGGGCCUUUCCCAACAAUGCAGAUAGAAAGAAAAUAGAGAAAUAAUAGUAAAGUAAUUACAUUUACAUUUGACAUUUUAGUCAUUUAGCAGAUGCUCUUAACCAGAGCGACUUACAGUUAGUGAGUGCAUACAUUUUUUUUCAUUUUGUUUUUCAUACUGGCCCCCCGUGGGAGUCGAACCCACAACCCUGGCGUUGCAAACGCCAUGCUCUACCAACUGAGCUACACAACAUGUAAUAAUUAACGAUAACUUUGCUAUUUACACGGGGUACCAGUACCGAGUCGAGGUAAUUGAGGUAGAUAUGUACAUAUAACUAGGAAUAAAAUUACUAGGCAACAGGAUGGAUAAUAAACAGUAGCAGCAGCGUAUGUGAUGAGUAAAAAAAAGUUAGCGCAAAAAGGGUUAAUACAGAUAGCCCAGGUAGCUAUUUGAUUAACUGUUUAACAAACUAUUUAGCAGUCAUGGCUUGGGGGUAGAAGCUGUUCAGUUUCCUGUUGGUUCCAGCCUUGGUGCAUCGGUACCGCUUGCUGUGCAGUAGCAGAGAGAACGGUCUAUAACUUGGGUGGCUGGAGUCUUUGACAAUUUGUAGGGCCUUCCUCUGACACCGCCUGGUAUAGAGGUCCUAGAUGGCAGGGAGCUUGGCCCCAGUAAUAUACUGGGCCUUACGCACUACCCCCUGUAGUGUCUUGCGGUCGGAUGCCACGCAGUUGCCAUACCAAGCGGUGAUGUAGCCAGUCAAGAUGCUCUCAAUGGUGCAACUGUGGAACGUUUUGAGGAUCUGAAGGUCCAUGCCAAGUCUUUUCUGCCUCCUGUGGGGGAAGAGGCGUUGUCAUGCCCUCUUCACGACUGUGUUGGUGUGUGUGGACCAUGAUAGAUCCUUAGUGAUGUGGACACCAAGGAACAUGAAGCUCUCGACCCGCUCCACUACACCCCCGUCGAUGUGAAUGGGGGCGUGCUCGGCCCUCCAUUUCCUGUAGUCCACAAUCAGCUCCUUUGUUUUGCUGAUGUUGAGGGAGAGAUUGUUGUCCUGGCACCACAAUGCCAGGUCUCUGACCUCCUCCCUAUAGGCUGUCUCAUCGUCAUUGGUGAUCAGGCCUACCGGCGUCGCAUUGUCAGCUAACUUAAUGAUGGUGUUGGAGUCAUGCACGGCCACGUGGUCGUGGAUGAACAGGGAGUACAGGCGGGGACUAAGCACACACCCCUGAGGGGCCCCCAUGUUGAGGGUCAGCGCGGCGGAUGUGUUGUCGCCUACCCUCACCAACUGGGGGCUGCCCGUCAGGAAGUCCAGGAUCCAGUUGCAGAGGGAGGUGUUCAGUCCCAGGGUUCUUAGCUUAGUGAUGAGCUUGGCGGACACUAUGGUGUUGAAUGCUGAGCUGUAGCCAAUGAAUAGCAUUCUCACAUAGGUGUUCCUCUUGUACAGGUGGGAGAGGGCACUGUGGAGUGCAAUAGAGAUUGCGUUAUCUGUGGAUCUGUUGGGGAGGUAUGUGAAUUGGAGUGGUUCCAGGGUGUCUGGGAUGAUGGUGUUUAUGUGAGCCAUGACCAGCCUUUCAAAGCAUUUCAUGGCUACAGAUGUGAGUGUUACGGGGCAAUAGUCAUUUAGACAGGUUACCUUGGCGUUCUUGGGCACAGCGACUAUGGUGUUCUUCUUGAAACAUGUAGGUCUCACUAGCCUCGUCGCAAACCAGGCUUCCCUAAAACAGGAAGCCUAGGGAAGUUCCAUGACAGAAAUCAGCUAAAGAGGGGUCGGAACCCGGUGUAAAUCAGUGAUGCCUCGCAACAUGUCAAACCAAUCAAAUGCCUUGAUUGGGCGGAGCUCCAAAGGUGCUCACCAGAUUAGUGUCGUAGGAGCAACGGUGCGUGAGGACUAAAAAUGUUUUUUAGGCUGCCUUUGGGGAGUUUUGACAUCGAUGGUUUCAAUGGAUUUGAUAGCAUUUAGCAACUUCUCCCACUCAAUUCUGCAACAAAUGAGAGUGGGAGAAGCUGUCACAGCAAUGUCGCACACACAGGCAGAGAAGCACAAAGAGGGGGUGUGCGGUGGGAGAUAUUUGGCUGUAAAUGCUAGCAUGAGGGACAAGAAGUAGCAAGCCACAAUGAGGUUCGUUUUGAGAAAAGUCAGCUAACCUUGUAAGCUACCUAGGUAUAACUAACUAGCUAGCUACUUGAUAGUUACAUUUCUCUCAUGAUUAUAAAGCCAACAAAAUGUUGAUUAAAAACAGCAUAUUAUUGACCUAAAAGGUUAAUAGCUGUGUUAGCCCAACCUCUAGCUUAUCUAGGGUCAGUGAUACUUAGACCAACCAUGUACUGUCUAUCUAUGGGAACAACUGCAAUCAUUUUGCAAGCAACAUUGCUAAAAUGAAUGAAAGAAAAUGAACCUCAUAAAAUGUUACCUGUAAUGCUCAUCUCCUGUAGCCUGAUUGUCAUCUCCUUAUUUUCAUACUGUACCUAAAUUACAAGGGUUGGAUUUGCACUAAACAAUUUUAUGUCAGCACUUAAAAGGCUUGUACAAAAUCGGGUAUAUGGUUUGCCCUCCUAUACAUUGUCUACUGGUGUCAUUUUAAAUUGAACAUAUAGCUCAACAUGUAAACAAUGUGUGAGUUUAGCUAUUUUCUGCUUCAGAUGCCCACAAGGCCAGGAAUGCCAUCAUACUGUAGGCCUAUGGAUGCAUUGGGUAUGCAUGCCAUAUGAUAAGCUGUAAAAUGGAUUCACAUAGCUGAUAUUGGAGGUCUUACAACUAGACAAAAAUAAAAUGUUAAUUUGAGAAAACAACACAGAAACACAGACACAGAACCUCCUCCCCUCUUUAUUGCAGGAUUAUAUGAUUAAUCAACAUUAACACUAGUUCAUUUAGAAUAAUAGUUUAACAAUUAAAACAAGUUGAAACACUUCACUUCAAAGAAUCAACACUUCAUCACUUCAAAUGUACAAAUAAUGUACAAAUGUACAAACUCGUAUGUAAAGAUCUAGACUAGCUUAGUCUAAACAAUAGAUCAUUGAGUAGUAACCAGUAGGCUAUUUUUACUAAAGCAUCAUUUCAGGUAAACAAAAAGAACUCCAUACCAGUGUUGGCCAAUCUUGCUCCACUGAGCCCUGAUCUAUGAUCUACUGGGUGAGUAGACUUCUAUUCCAGCUGAGCAAUAGCACACUAGAUUAUCAACUCAUUAGAGUUGAGAAGUUGAAUCAGGUGUGUUAUUGCUGGGCUGAAAAAUAACUGCACACCCAGCAGACCUCCAGGAGGGCUGGCCUGCUCCAAUUAUAAUAGGUUUGUACAUUGUGUGUGAUCUUUAACUGUAUUUCUGUAUACAACAUUUGCUAAUAUACAGUACCAGUCAAAAGUUCUACAUUGUAGAAUAAUAGUGAGGACAUCAAAACUAUGAAAGAACACAAAUGGAAUCAUGUAGUAACCAAAAAAAAAGUGUUAAACAAAUCAAAAUAUAUUUCCAUGCUUUACGGUGGGAACUACACAUGCGGAGAUCAUCCAGACCGAACGACAAAUUUCCACCGGUUCAUUGCUUGUGUUUCUUGGCCCAAGCAGGUCUUUUCUUCUUAUUGGUGUCCUUUAGUAGUGGUUUCUUUGCAGCAAUUCGACCAUGAAGGCCUGAUUCACUCAGUCCCCUCUGAACAGUUGAUGUUGAGAUGUGUCUGUGACUUGAACUCUGUGAAGCAUUUAUUUGGGCUGCAAUUUCUGAGGCUGGUAACUCUAAUGAACUUAUCCUCUGCAGCAGAGGUAACUCUGGGUCUUCCAUUCCUGUGGCGGUCCUCAUGAGAGCCAGUUUCAUCAUAGCGCUUGAUGGUUUUUGCGACUGCACUUGAAGAAACUUUCAAAGUUCUUGAAAUGUUCCGUAUUGACUGACCUUCAUGUCUUAAAGUAAUGAUGGACUGUUGUUUCUCUUUGCUUAUUUGAGCUGUUCUUGCCAUAAUAUGGACUUAGUCUUUUACCAAAUAGGCCUAUCUUCUUGUCACAACACAACUGAUUGGCUCAAACGCAUUAAGAAGGAAAGAAAUUCCACAAAUUAACUUUUAAGAAGGCCCACCUGUUAAUUGAAAUGCAUUCCAGGUGACUACCUCAUGAAGCUGGUUGAGAGAAUGCCAAGUGUGUGCAAAGCUGUCAUCAAGGCAAAGGGUGGCUAUUUGAAGAAUCUCCAAUAUAAUAUAUUUUUUGAUUUGUUUAACACGUUUUUGGUUACUACAUGAUUCCAUAUGUGUUAUUUCAUAGUUUUGAUGUCUUCACUAUUAUUCUUCAAUGUAGAACCCUUGAAUGAGUAGGUGUUCUAAAACUUUUGACCGGUAGUGUAGGCCUAAUAGUACAUAAUAAUAAUAAAAGGCAUUGGCAAAUAAACCAAUGCCUUCAUGGUCCUCUUCCUCAACAUGCUGGUCUGCAAUGAGCCUGACCUUAUCAGAGCUGUCAGCGGCGUCCUCUGUAGGGAGGUAAUGUAAGUGUACCUGCCUUUGUCUCCAUCCAUCUUUACCUAUACAAAAUAAAUAACGUUAUACUGUAAUUAGUUGCCUUGUUUCAUAAAUACUAUAAAAAAAACGUUUUGAGUCGCUAAAGGGCUGUAGGCUGUAGAAAUUCCACAAAUUAACUUUUAAGGAGGCACAUCUGUUAAUUGAAAUGCAUUCCAGGUGACUACCUCAUGAAGCUGGUUGAGAGAAUGCCAAGAGUGUGCAAAGCUGUCAUCAAGGCAAAGGGUGGCUAUUUGAAGAAUCUCAAAUAUAAAAUAUAUUUUGAUUAGUUUAACACUUUUUUUGGUUACUACAUGAUUCCAUAUGUGUUAUUUCAUAGUGUUGAUGUCUUCACUAUUAUUCUACAAUGUAAAAAAUACUAAAAAUAAAGAAAAACCCUUGAAUGAGUAGGUGUGUCCAAACUUUUGACCGGUAGUGUAGGUAGGCCUACACAUAUAACCUAUGACAUAUAGGAUAUACCCUUAGUCUCUUGGGACAUUCAUUGGGACCUCUCUCGUCAUCUGCAAACAGGCUUUCACAGCUUUCCAUAUGAGGACAGAAAACAUCACAAAGAAACAGGCUUCAUUAAACUUAAAUUAGACAUCAUUGUUGCUAUUAUCUCUGUCCUCAUAGUUUUCCCCUCUAGGGACUGGAACUGGAUAAUAUUUUCAUUAUGUCCUCCCACAAAGUUAACUGCACUAUCCAGUAGCCUACACUCUCCCUUUACUGACAGCUGGAGCUGCAAUGUCACCCUCUUCCGUGGCUGUUAUCUACAAAUGCAUUUAUAAUGAUUACAUCAAGAUAGCUAGCUAAUAGGAAGUUAGCUAUCUGCAGACAUUUAAUUCACUUAGCUAAAUAGUGUGUAUAGUUUGCUAGCUAGCAGCUCAGUUGAGUUAGCCUACAAAGUGGCCUACUCUAGCCAGCUAGCUAGCUACCUAAUAAUACAUUGUAUUUUUUUAUAUAUUAAAAAAAUACAAUUUACUUUCUUGAAUAGGUUCUCCCACUGCCUGGGUCAGGGAGAGGUUGAAAAUGUCAGUGAAGACACUUUCCAGCUUGUCAGCGCAUGCUCCGAGUACGCGUCCUGGUAAUCCGUCUGGCCCUUGGCCUUGUGAACGUUAACCUGUUUUUAAAGGUCGUACUCACAUCGGCUAUGGAGAGUGUGAUCACACAGUCAUCCAGAACACCUGGUGCUCUCAAACAUGGUUCAGUGUUGCUUGCCUCGAAGCGAGAAUAGAAGGCAUUUAGCUCGUCUGGUCGGAUAUACAGUGGGGACGACGUCAUUGAUGCACUUAUUAAUGAAGCCGGUGACUGAUGUGGUAAACUCAAUGCCAUCAGAUGAAUCAGGAACAUAUUUUAGUCUGUGCUAGUGAAACGGUCCUGUAGCUUAGCAUCCGCUUCAUCAGAGCACUUCCUUAUUGGGCACGUCACUGGUAUUUCCUGUUUUUGCUUGUAAGCAGGAGUCAGGAUAGAGUUAUGGUCAGAUUAGCCAAAUAGACGGCGAGGGAGAGCUUUGUAUGCGUUUCUGUGUGUGGAUUAAAGGUGAUAGAGUUUUUUAGUCUCUAGUUGCACAGGUGACAUGCCGGUAGAAAUGGGGUAAAAUGGAUUUCAGAUUCCUGCAUUAAAAUCACCGGCCGCUAGGAGCUAUGGAUGAGCAUUUUCUUGUUUGCUUAUGGCCCUAUACAGCUCGUUGAGUGCGGUCUUAGUUCUGGCAUUGGUUUGUGGUGGUAAAUAGACAGCUACGAAAAAUGUAGAUGAAAACUCUUAGUAUGGUCUACAGCUUUUCAUGAGGUAUUCUAACUCAGGCGAGCAGAACCUCAAGACUUCCUUAAUAUUAGAGAUCGCACACCAGCUGUUAACAAAGAGACACACACGUCCCCCUUGAGCUUACCCGAUGCUGCCGUUCUGUCCUGCCGAUGCAUAGAAAAACCAGCUAGAUGUAUAUUAUCCAUGUCAUUGUUCAGCCACUACUCUGAGAAACAUAGGAUAUUACAGUUCUUCAGGUCCCGUUGAUAGGAUAGUCUCGAACGGAGCUCGUCCAGUUUGUUCUCCAGUGAUUGUACAUUCGCCAAUAGAACGGAGGGUAGAGGCUGUUUAUCUACUCGCCAACGUAGUUUCGUCAAGGUGCCCGCACAUCGGCGUCUCUUGUGCCGUCUCCUUCUCUUCUGAGUCUCGGGGAUUAGGGCCUGGUCCGGGGUGAGCAGUAUGUCCAGUGUCGCCGACUCAUUGUAAGUAGAAAUCUUCAAUCAAAUCGAGGUUAGUGAUCGCUGUUCUGAUGUCCAGAAGUUAUUUCGGUCAUAGGAAAUGAUGGUUAAAAUCAACGCAAAAAAACCACACAAAAUAGCAUAAUUAGUCAGGAGCCCGUAAAACGGCAGCUAUCCAUUCCAGCGCCAUUCCAGCCAUUAGUGCUCAACUGUUUGUUAGCCUAUGUGUAGUUUGUGCUGUAGUGUAGUGCAAAUGUGACAUUUAGCUUUUGGCCUGCUCUUAAUACAGAUAACAUCACAACCGUUGCAGAUUGAUGUAAUGACCGAGAAUAAGAUAAAUUGAGAUCUACCUGAUUGACUGAAGUGGUUCAAUUAAGACUGACGAAUGUUGCAGGGACAGGGUGAUACAUGUGACUGGCAUUCUUUUGGUUGUACCAAGAUCAAGAUCAUGUGGUAGAGAGAUUAUAGCAUAGCAUCCUAUUCUAACAGACUGGCAGGGCUCGACAUUCCAUCCCACUAUCCGGAGGCGGCGUGCCACAGGUCCAGGCUUGCACAUGUUUUAAGACUGGAACAUCCAAAUGGGCUGCAUUUAUCUGGUGCUUAUCCAGGCACAGUUUGCUAUCCUCUGGAAAAAGAAUGGAAGCCUGUGUUGAGUUAGCAAGAAAAUAAUAAAGAAUUGUGUAAAACAACAAGAGUAAAAUCACUGCAUGUCAUUGAGAGUUAUAGAAAGGGGAUGGAAUAGAUGCAUGUAAAGAGACUGUACCCCUUGGUGUAUUCACUAAUACAUUCUAUUUCAAACAGGUGCGACAUAAGAUGUUAUAUGCUGCUACCAGGGCCACAGUGAAGAAAGAAUUUGGUGGGGGACUUAUCAAAGAUGAGGUCUUUGGCACCACAAAGGUUGGUUAGAUUAUCUGUGUUAGAUUGGGUUGUGAAAUCCUCAUACUCUGAGGAUCUGAUUUGCUGUCUGCUUUGCCAUUCAACGAUUAUUGUAAUGGAAAUGUGUCCUUUUUUUCUACUCAAGUAGAGGCAUAAACAUUGAAGAACUUUCCAGAAUGAGAUUGUUUUAAAAAGCUCAUCGGUAAUUUGGCAUUCACAUAAUCACACAUAUAAGAUGGAGAGUCAAGUAUUGUCAAAUAUGUAUUGUACGUGAAUAGUAGUUGUAAAUAGAUGGCUAACUGUUAUGUGGUCCUCUCUUCCCUCCUGUUUCUCCCCGCACUCCCAGGAGGAUAUGUCUCUGAAGGGCUACAAGAAGUACCUGGUGGCCGAGGCAGCACCACUACCACUCACUGCUGCCGAGGAGGAGCUGAGGCGGAUCAAACUCAGUGAGGUACGCACACACACACAGAGAGAGAGAAUGGUAUUCACACUUCCUGUGAUGUUUACAUAGUAAUUCUGUGUAAAAGUCAUUUUGUUGGUUUAAAGUGUUAAAGGUUUUAAUCCACACCCAUUUAUUUCAACUAAGACAUGUAUUGUAGGCAAACCUGUCUUAAUAUGGAAUUAAAAGCUCAUGAAGUGAGUGGUUCUGACCACUCAGGGCAAUUCAUAGAGAGAGCCUCUUUCACAAUAAACUCAUAGCAUCCGCUUUUAAUUGUGUUCAAUCCAAAAGACACAGUGUUGAAUAUUAAUGACGGCUGGUGAUACCUUCCCCCCCCCCGUAGACCACAAUGUCAGCAGUACAGCUGUGCAUAAUGCCGACCUGGCACGAAGAGUCACUGGAAAGGUGCUGAUGCAUUGGAACUACAGGAUGUUGGCAGAUAUGACUAUUAGUCCUGUAUGGGUCGAGACUCAUAGGUUUAUAAAUGGGUUGUUUUUGACAGAAAUGUCAUGAUGCAUUGUAAGCAUAGAUGUUGUCUCACUGAAGCACAGGUCUUGCACUAAAAUGUUAUGAGGGGCCACCCUUGAAUGUUGAUGAUGAAUGAUCAUUCAAUACUUUGCAUUGAUUCUGCAUGGGAGAGCACUUGGUCAAGGUCACACCACUGUGCCUGUGCUUGGCUCCACUGAUAAGAUUAGGGGUACACUGCUAUGUGAUAGCCCAAUGCUUUACUUGCCACUAAUAAGGAUGAUGCUAGUUUGCUUUUGUCUGGUGUUUCGAUAUAAAAUGUGAUUAACCAAAAAUAAGUAACACAUAGAAGCACAGGUUACUAUCUUUAAAAGCUCAGCCUCAACUCAAACCACUGUGAGUUCUUUAAAGAGGAAACAACAUUAUUGCUGUGCAGAGUGCACCCGGUCUGUCUGUCACAUAAACAAGACCGGUCUCCAACUCCAUAAAAGGAAGUAAUCUGAGAAGCAGUCCGUCACACUCCUAAAUACAGCCAGUAAAAAUCUAGAAGGGAGAAAACAGGAAGUAAGGGUAGCAUUUCUCCAAGUUGUUGAAGGAAGAUAAUACCAACAUUAAUCUGUGUGGGAGCAAAGUGGCUUUGAAAUAUGUAUUUAUCAUUCAUUUGCCUAGAGAGCGAGAGAGACUGCUUUGACUAAGUGGAUGGAUAAAACCCACAAUCCUUUUGGUAAAUGAGGUGGGUGCACUGCAUCAGUUGCUCAAUCAUGUGUACAUAACUGACAGCCUUUCAUUCAGAGGGAACAAACAGAGCACUAAAAAUAGAUACAAUCCAUCCAGUAUAAUCCCCUUCCAUUUCCAGUAUUUAAGGUGAUUUAGAAGGUGCCUCAUCACUCCAGUGUCUCCUGUCCAGAUAUAGAAAUAUCAACCACAUGAGUCAUUAUCCCCAAUGUGGAGAAUCUGAGAGGGGAUGCAUGUUCUAGAUAAUUUUGCCUUGUAUUUGCUUCAUAUUAAUUUAAGGUGGCCUGGUCUUCCUAAGGAAAGAUAUCUUAUGACCUCAAAGGGACUUCCUGGUUAUAUGAAAAUGAUCAAAUUGAUUGAACCACUAGCACAAGCACUAGUGAGCUGCGUGUUGACUAUGGUAAAGGUAAAGUUGUUUUAGUUUUUUCAAUCGCUUUGGUGCUAUUUUCACAAGUGUGGUGAAUUUUCAAAACUCUUAGUACAGUGUUUGAAGACAUCUUUCACCACACAACCAUUGAUCCAAAAUAUACGUUUACUGUAAAAUACCAUGAGAACAUUGAUUUAAUAAUCAAAACACAACACAGUGAUAUCUUCUCAAUUUAGUUAUUUCCAACCAGUUAAUCCAAUAGCAAAAUAUGCAAGAUGCAUGUUUCAAAAUUCCCCUUUGUAUGUAAUAUGCUACAGUACUGUAAAUUGCAGUAGAUUAAACUGUUUUCACAUUAGACAAUACACUUGCACUACUCAUACAUUUUGACAGAAUUUACUUAAUUUCUAUCCCAUGUGUGAUCAUUGAAGGCAUCUUUCACAAUCAUUGAUGCAAAAAAUAAAUGUAGAUAUAAUUACAACAUAGGUGUACUGUAAUCAAGUGAAAGAAACAUGUUUAGCAGGCACUAGUUUACAUCAAGCCUGUGUUGAGCAUUUGGCCAUAGGUUCUCAUCGACAUCGCAGUAAAUGUCCUAAUUGUUCAUAAACCUGGGGAAAAAACGUUUGGAAUGGCGAAUCCAAGCCUGACCUGGUCCGCCUUGAUGUCAUCGCAUGCCUCAUCAAUGGCCUGAAGGAGUGUGGCACGUUCAUGUGAUUGGCAAUCAUACACCUUCCACCUGUAUUGUAAUCAAAACUACCACAGCGACUUCAUUUUGGAUACGUGUACUGUAUAGGGGAUGCAUUUGUUACAUACAGUACAUCUCUGAUCUUGUCUAUCAGAUUUUUUAAACUUACUUUGAAGUGAAAUCAUAAUAGUCAUCAUUAUAGUACAUCAAAUCAAAUGUUUUUUGUCACAUGUGCCGAAUACAACAGAUGUAGACCUUUCAGUGAUAUGCUUACUUUACAAGCCCUUAACCAAAAAUUCAGUUUUAAGAAAAAUAAGUGUUAAGUAAAAAAUAGAUGAGUAAACAAAUUAAUUAAUUAAAGAGCAGCAGUAAAAUAACAGUAGCGAGGCUAUAUACAGGGGGUACCAGUACAGAGUCGAUGUGCGGGGGCACAGGUUAGUCGAGGUAAUUGAGGUAAUAUGUACACUCAUUCAAGGGUUUUUCUUUUCUUUUUACCAUUUUUUACAUUGUAGAAUAAUAUCAUCAAAACGAUCAAAUAACACAUGGAAUCAUGUAGUAACCAAAAGUGUUAAACAAAUCAAAAUAUUUUAGAUUCUUCAAAUGAGCCACCCUGUGCCUUGAUGACAGCUUUGCACACUCUUGGCAUUCUCUCAACCAGCUUCAUGAGGUAGUCACCUGGAAUGCAUUUCAAUUAACAGAUGUGCCUUCUUAAAAGUUAAUUUGUGUAAUUUCUUUCCUCCUUAAUGCGUUUGAGCCAAUCAGUUGUGUUGUGACAAGGUAGGGGGGGGUAUACAGAAGAUAGCCCUAUUUGGUAAAAGACCAAGUCCAUAUUAUGGCAAGAACUGCUCAAAUAAGCAAAGAGAAACGACAGUCCAUCAUUACUUUAAGACAUGAAGGUCAAUAAAUCCAGAAAAUGUCAAGAACUUUGAAAGUUUCUUCAAGUGCAGUUGCAAAAACCAUCAAGCGCUAUGAUGAAACUAGCUCUCAUGAGGACCGCCACAGGAAUGGAAGACCCAGAGUUACUGCUGCUGCAGAGGAUAAGUUCAUUAGAGUUACCAGCCUCAGAAAUUGCAGCCCAAAUAAAUGCUUCACAGAGUUCAAGUAACAGACACAUCUCAACAUCAACUGUUCAGGUGAGACUGUGUGAAUCAGGCCUUCAUGGUCGAAUUGCUGUAAAGAAACCACUACUAAAGGACACCAAUAAGAAGAAGAGACUUGCUUGGGCCAAGAAACACGAGCAAUAGAUAUUAGACAGGGAAAUUUGUCCUUUGGUCUGGAGUCCAAAUUGGAGAUAUUUGGUUCCAACCGCUGUGGCUUUGUGAGAUGCGGUGUGGGUGAACGGAUGAUCUCUGCAUGUGUAUUUCCCACCGUAAAGCAUGGAGGAGGUGUUGUUAUGGUGUGGGGGUGCUUUGCUGGUGACACUGUCUGUGAUCUAUUUAGAAUUCAAGUCACACUUAACCAGCAAUCCCCCGACCUCAACCUAAUUGAGAUGGUUUGGGUUGAGUCGGACUGCAGAGUGAAGGAAAAGCAGCCAACAAGUGCUCAGCAUAUGUGGGAACUCCUUCAAGACUGUUGGAAAAGCAUUCCAGGUGAAGCUGGUUGAGAGAAUGCCAAGAGUGUGCAAAGCUGUCAUCAAGGCAAAGGGUGGCUAUUUGAAAAAUCUAAAAUAUAUUUUGAUUUGUUUAGCACUUUUUUGGUUACUACAUGAUUCUAUACAUGUUAUUUCAUAGUUUUGAUGUCUUCACUAUUAUUCUACAAUGUAGAAAAUAGUAAAAAUAAACAAAAACCCUUUAAUGAGAAGGUGUGUCCAAACCUUUGACUGGUACUGUACAUGUAGGUAGAGUUAAAGUGACUAUGCAUAGAUAAUAAACAGAGUAGCAGCAGCGUAAAAGAGGGGGUGGAGGGUGGGGGGACAUUGCAAAUAGUCCAGGGAGCCAUUUGAUUAGCUGUUCAGGAGUCUUAUGGCUUGGGGGUAGAAGCUGUUAAGAAGCCUUUUGGACCUAGACAUAGGUCCCCUGCUCAGUUGGUAGAGCAUGGCACUUGCAACGCCAGGGUUGUGGGUUCGUUUCCCACGGGGGGCCAGUAUGAAAAUGUAUGCACUCACUAACUGUAAGUCGCUCUGGAUAAGAGCCUCUGCUAAAUGACAAAAAAAAUGUUUUAAAAAAAUUAUAAUACAAAAAAAUAAUGUAGACUUAGCGCUCCUGUACCGCUUGCCGUGCGGUAGCAGAGAGAACAGUCUUUGACUAGGGUGGCUGGUGGCUGGAGUCUUUGACAAUUUUUAGGGCCUUCCUCUGACACCGCCUGGUAUAGAGGUCCUGGAUGGCAGGAAGCUUGGCCCCUGUGAUGUACUGGGCCGUACGCACUACCCUCUGUAGUGCCUUGAGGUCGGAGGCCGAGCAGUUGCUGUACCAGGCAGUGAUGCAACCAGUCAGGAUGCUCUUGAUGGUGCAGCUGUAUAACUUUUUGAGGGUCUGAGGACCCAUGCCACAUCUUUUCAGUCUCCUGAGGGGGAAUAGGCUUUGUCGUGCCCUCUUCACGACUGUCUUUGUGUGUUUGGACCAUGAUAGUUUGUUGAUGUGGACACCAAGGAACUUGAAGCUCUCAACCUGCUCCACUACAGCCCUGUCAAUGAGAAUGGGGGCGUGCUCGGUCCUCCUUUUCCUUUAGUCCACAAUCAUCUCCUUUGUCUUGAUCACAUUGAGGGAGAGGUUGUUAUCCUGGCACCACACGGCCAGGUCUCUGACCUCCUCCCUAUAGGCUCUCAUUGUUGUCGGUGAUCAGACCUACCACUGUUGUGUCGUCAGCAAACUUAAUGGUGUUGGAGUCGUGCCUGGCCAUGCAGUCAUGGGUGAACAGGGAGUACAGGAGGGGACUGAGCACGCAUCUCUGAGGGGUCCCCGUGUUGAGGAUCAGCGUGGCAGAUGUGUUGAUACCUACCCUUACGACCUGGGGGCGGCCCGUCAGGAAGUCCAGGAUCCAGUUUGCAGAGGGAGGUGUUUAGUCCCAGGGUCCUUAGCUUAGUGAUGAGCUUUGAGGGCACUAUGGUGUUGAACGCUGAGAUGUAGUCAAUGAAUAGCAUUCUCACGUAGGGGUUCCAUUUAUCCAGGUGGGAAAGGGCAGUGUGUAGUGCAAUAGAGAUUGCAUCAUCUGUGGAUCUGUUGGGGCGGUAUGCAAAUUGGAGUGGGUCUAGGGUUUCUGGGAGAAUGGUGUUGAUGUGAGCCAUGACCAGCCUUUCAAAGCACUUCAUGCCUACAGACGUGAGUGCUACGGGUCUAUUGUCAUUUAGGCAGGUUAUCUUAGUGUUCUUGGGCACAGGGACUAUGGUGGUCUGCUUAAAACAUGUUGGUAUUACAGACUCAGUCAGGGACAGGUUCAAGAUGUGAGUGAAGACACUUGCAAGUUGGUCAGCGCAUCCUCGGAGUACACGUCCUGGUAAUCCGUCUGGCCCUGCGGCCUUGUGAAUGUUGACCUGUUUAAAGGUCUUACUCACAUCGGCUACGGAGAGCGUGAUCACACAGUCGUCCGGAACAGCUUAUGCUCUCAUGCAUGCUUCAGUGUUGCUUGCCUCGAAGCGAGCAUAGAAGUAAUUUAGCUCGUCUGGUAGGCUCGUGUCACUAGGCAGCUCGUGGCUGUGCUUCCCUUUGUAGUCUGUAAUAGUUUGCAAGCCCUGCCACAUCCGAAGAGCGUCGGAGCCGGUGUUACAUUUCACUAUAUAUCAUACUUUAUAUGUUUAUACUUUACAAACAUACAUUUUCAUGAUGUAGUUCUCAAUCUGUAGUAGACAAACCAGUUUAAAAUCUGUAGGAGUAGUCGGAUUAAGUAAUAGUAAAACGUAUUUUAACAAAUGAGAAGAGAAUUAUAUAAAAAGUGAAGUGAGCAUUGCAUUGUGAAAGGCAAUUACUUUAUAUGAACAUGCAUUGCAAUAUGUAUUUGUAGAUUAAACACUUAAAUUAGGUGAAAAAGUUACUAUGAUUUUGUGUGUUGUACUUAGUCAAUUGAAAAUGUGCUUUUUGAUGAUCUGUUUUGAGUUUUGUAUUAAGAGUUGACCAUAUUGACCAUAUACUCUUGAAAAUUGCACCAAAGCAAUUGAACAAAACUGUAAAUAGUUUUCUCUGUGCUGUGUGUUCAGGUGCAGACUGACAUCAGUGUGGACACCAAGCAGCAGACACUGCAGGGAGUGGCCUUCCCCAUACAUGGAGACGCUGUCGAGGCACUCGAACGAUUCAGGGACAAACGAGUCAACUACGUACAACUUGUAAGUACUUCUCCCCCUCUGUCGCUUUUCCAGGUGAGUCCGUUGAGAAAAAGUUAUGUUCCUCCUUUAUACUCAGGCUUCUCUUCAGAAUGACAAAGGAAUUUUGGAGUCAGGAGUUUUGUUGAGAACAGUACGAUGUGGUUCUCUUUUUGACCAAAGCGUCAUUGUCAGCUUUCCUCAUUGAAAUUCAAGGAAUGGUGUCACAAGAUCAGAUUUGGGGACAAAGGCAUAAUUGUGACACUUUGAGCUGGCACUGCCUGGUUCUCGCUCCUCUCUCUCUAAAGUCAUAAUAGGCAGGUUAUCAAAAGAGCUAUUCAAUAAAUCACACAACACUGAAAUGACACUUUAUUAGAGGGUCGUUUUCCUACUGUCUUCUGGUUCAUUCAUUAUGGUUUCAUUUCAAUAGGAAAUAGACUUUGCCAAAGAGCUCAUUAGGUUGUCUAACACUGAACCGACCGAGGUGAAAGAUCUGCCCAAGAGGAUCCCCACUGAGUCUGCACGCUAUCACUUCUUCCGCUACAAACAUUCCCACGAGGGAGACUACCUGGAGUCCACUGGUAAAAAAACUUUUUCACAGAGAAGCACAACACAGCUUAAGACACCAAGCGGUCAUUACAUAAAUCUCUUAAAUAUUUCACUGAAUUUUAUAUUUUUUAUAUGUCACAAUGUUGUAUAUCUGUGAUUCUGAUGGGACAUCUUCCAUUGUUAUCUCUUUUGCAGUGUUCAUUUAUUCCAUGCCGGGAUACAAGUGCAGCAUCAAAGAGAGGAUGCUCUAUUCUAGCUGCAAAAACCCCCUGGUGGACAUGGUUGAAAACAACAUGCAAAUUGACAUUUUGAAGAAGGUAAGGACCAAAAGACCAAGCUAUUUUAUUAGGAUUUUAACACAACCAAUACAAAGUGGUGUUAAUAACAUUAAAAGUGUUCCAUGCGUUUCUUUAGAGAGGGUCUUUCAUAGGGUUCAGGAAAGUAUCAGUAGGUUUGGUUCAGGUUUGGGGUUAAUUUAUAUUCAGGAAGUAAAUUGACACUCAUAUUCCAAUUUUUCUCAAUGUGUUUCAAUUAGGAACAUUUGGAAUUUGAAUUUCAGUUUACUUCCUGAAUUGACUGAAUUUAUAUGGAAUUGACUUCAACCCUGGUUUUGUUAACUCCUCACUGUUCAUGUGUGUGACUGUCCACAGCUGGAGAUAGACAAUGGGGAUGAGCUGACUGGUGACUUCCUGUAUGAGGAGGUCCAUCCCAAGCAGCAUGCACACAAGCAGGCCUUCGCCAAGCCCAAGGGCCCUGCCGGGAAGAGGGGCGGACACCGCAUCACCAGACCGGCUGGAGAAGAUGACGACUAA